AUGAUAUCUGAUCGAAAAGCUACAGUCGGCUGUGCAGUCGAUCUCCUCCGAGCCCACCAGUUGAGACGUGAGAAUGCCCAUCUUCACAGGCAGACGCAGGCGUACCACGACGAACUCAUCUGCACCAGAGCCGAAGUGAAAGAGCUCAAGAUCAUUGUCCGAGGAUAUCAGGCCGAUCGGGCAAGUUCACAAUCUCUACGCAAACUGUACGAGGCAAGAUCCGAUGAGCAAGCCGCUCAGAUCAGAUGCCUACGUGGAGAUCUGGAAAUGCUCAAGGCAGAAACGGCGAAACACGAGGGUGAAGUAGCACGAUACUGUGCGGACACCGUGCCAGAGAGAAGAAUGCUAGAGGAAAGACUCUCCCGGAUUGAGACCCUGUUUCAACAUGCCGCAGAAGCCUCGAAAUCUCAUUUCCAGACCGUCGAUGCUCGGCUCGAGGGACUCGAAACUGGCCUUCAGAGCAAAGCGGACGCUGCUCUCGUUGAACACAUCCAUCUCUUGACGGGCCCGAUACAACCUCCUGACGCUUCACUGGAUUCUGUGAGCCGCGUCAACAACAGCGUUGAGGUGGCUAACCCGUUACUCCAAGAGCAUACAGGCAUUCAGGUACACGAUUCUCAGAGAACGUACCUCCCAGAGAGAUCCGCGAAUCCCGCCUUGAAUCCCCAUCAUGACGCCGCUACGAAACCGGCAGUCCAAUCCUCGAUUCCCUCUGACCUGGAUCUGGAUGAAAAUGUCAAUACCGUCAGCUAUGCCGGUCACCGAAUUCUCAGCGUCGACGACAAUGAUUCGCUAAGUUUCUUGUCAGAGUGUCGAGCACCCGCAAAUGAACUCACCAGAGCCAACAAUCUCACGCAGGAGAAAUUCGAAAGCUGGGAGCACUACUACUCCCGAGCCCACAGCCUGGUGCAAGCUUUGCCUGCUACUUUUGAAGAGAUGGUCGUGCGAAGAUUUGCCGAUGGUCUAUUCAAGACAGUGCAAAGAAAACAAUGCCGGCAAUGGCUGGAACUCAAAGGCUGGACUUGGGAAAAUGUAGACUCGUUCGGAGACAUCAGCUCACAGAUUCCCGAGGCACCAAGUUCGACUCUUGCUCCGAGCGCCGAGAUCUCGGCCAGGUACUCCAAGAAGAUGGGACCGCUUCUGGAGAAGAAGAGAUCGACGGCAAAGAGGGCUUCAAAUGCUCCCGGCCGUGUUCCAACUGGAAACAAUGACACUCGAAUGAUGCCACUGCGACGGAGCCAGCGGUUGAUUGAGAAAGGCAACCGAACAGCGAUGGAGGCCGCCGAGAAGCCAGCGAAGAGCGAGUCGCAAGUGCUGGGUGACAGUUAUCGAAAAAACAUGUCAAUUUCAAGCUCGCAAAAGCGCAAAGCCCUGAAGGAGAAAGCAUCGGGUCCAAAACAGGGUAGGGGUCAUGAAUCCACGAAGACAGGUCGUGCAUCGGGAGGAAAAGACACAGGACAUGCGAAGGCGAUAGCGGGACACAACCCUGCAGUCACUCGAGCCCAGGGGAUAGAUGAUGGGAUGGAGGAAGCACAGUCGCCUGCGGGGUGUAAGGAGAAUGAGAGAGUUGGGCAGAGAUCAUGCCAACAAGAACCAACCAAAGGUAAUUCGAAGCAGCCUCGAGGUGGUAUCAGUUGCGUCCCACGACUUGUACCGCAGAAAAGGGCACUCACAGGGGCUGCGAGCGAAAGUAGCGGUGACGAAGGGUACCUCUACGAACAGCGCAUCAAGCACAACAAUGCGCAGGAAAUGCCUGUCACCAAGCAUAGGCGUGUCGCCCAUCGUCUUCCCUUGCCACCACCUCCAGAGAUUCCGAUCUUGUCAACCUCAAGCGAGGGCUGA